GACAGCUCACUUACACUACACAACGAUCUAGUGUUGAAUUAUUUUCCUCUUUCCUUUAUUUUAUUAUGACAUACAAGCGUAAAAAAUACCACCACGGUGAUACUCAUUUAAAAAAACGCUGGAGAGUCAGAAAUCGGAAGAAGGAUCUUGAUCAGAUCGACGAUGACAUCAAAGAAGAGAAUGCUGAAAAAUUAUUAAACCAGGACGUCGAUUUGGAUCUACCUGGUGCAGCUCAACACUACUGCCUUCACUGCUCACGGUAUUUUAUCGAUGAUAAAGCGUUGGCUGAACAUUUCAAGACGAAAGUUCAUAAACGGAGGUUGAAGGCUUUAGAACUUCAGCCUUAUACGAUAGAAGACUCUGAGCGUGCGGCCGGCCACGGUAACUUUGUACAGCCAGUAAAACGAAAAAUAACUUCACAGAACUCUGAUAAAGCAGUCGACGAAGAUGGUGAUGCAGUGUUAGACGACGUUAGUCCUAAUAAAAAGAAAAAAGUUGAUGAAAAUGCUACGUAAAAAUAUAGAGUUUAUCUCUCGUAAAGUAU